AAACGCUCUUAUAUUAGUUUACAGAGGGAGUACUAGAUUACAAAAAGAGAGAGAGGGGACCAGAUCCUGAUUCCUCACGUCAUCCGAUCCGAAAUAAGAUUCGAUUUCCAAAGGGAAGUCCAGAUCCUGAUUCCUCUCGUCCUCGCCCGACGGCAACCUUGCUGGAUCCGGAUUAAAGAUUGAUUUGUUUGGUCAGUUGGCCCAAAUAAAUAGCUAGUCCAAGCUAGCGUUGGAGGAGGGAGAGCACAAGGGUUGGCAAUUUCUCGAGUCACGGGGUUAUCGUCCAAGCUAAAUCAGGCCAUGUCCAAGCAGCGGGGUCGCCGCCGGCGCCAAACCCGUUACCCCCCUGAUGGAUUAAUUGCUGGUUCUUCAAGGGGUAAAAGAAUAAUGGCCUCGUCCUGCCAACAAGAUUGUGUUCCAGGUGGAUCAGCUUAUGCAAAUGGCCAGGCAAACACAGAGGCCCCGCCCUGCCAACAAGAUUUUGUUCCAGGUGGAUCAGGUUAUGCAAAUGGCCAGGCAAAAACAGAGGCCUUGCCCUGCCAACAACAUCGUCCUCCAGGUGAAUCAACUUGUACAAAUGGCCAGGCAAAAACAGAGGCCUCACCCUGCCAACAAGGUGAUACCAGUCAAACAGAGGAGUGUUCAGUGCCAAAUCUUCCUGAGGACAUCUGGCAUCAUAUACAUUCCUUAAUGCCAUUGAAAGAUGCUGCCAGAGCCGCCUGCCUGUCCCGGUCCUUUUUGUCUUCCUGGAGGUGCCAUUCGAUCCUCAUUUUGAACAGGGAAGCAUUUGGGUUGGACGUAUGUGCGGAUUACACGGAAACAGCUAGAGCUUUUAGAGACAAAAUUGACCACAUUCUGGGAAACCACUCGGGCACUGGCGUGAGAAUACUGAAACUUCGGUUUGUUCCAAAUGGCAAAGCGAAGGACCGUGAUUAUAUCGACAAAUGGCUUCAUAAGGCUGUUAAACCAGGAAUUGAAGAACUCACCCUUACUAUGCCUAUGCCUAUGAGCAACAAACGCGGAUACAAGUUCCCGUGCACACUUAUAUUAAAUGGGCUGGGAAACUCGCUUCGGUGUCUUUACCUUUCCAGCUGUUCCUUUCAUCCUAUGGCUGGGCUCUGUGGCUUGACAAGCCUGACAAAGUUAGAGCUGUUAAUGGUGGAAAUUACGGGGGACGAGCUAAGCUGCCUUGUUUCCAGUUCCCAAGCUUUAGAGCAGGUUUUACUUAGGGAUUGCAGUGAGGUAAACUGCUUGAGGAUACCUUGCCAUCUUGAGCGGUUAAGCCACUUGAAGGUGUUACAUUGCAGCAAGCUAGGAUUGAUAGAGAGCAAAGCUCCAAAUCUCUCCAGUUUUCACUUUGCAGGUAACCUCAAGGUUCGAGUCUCACUUGGAGAAGCAUUGCAAGUGAAGAGCUUACUAGUGAACAUCACCACAUCGAUCUGUUACACUCAAGCAGAGCUGGUGUCGAGCACGCCAAGCAGGGAGUUGGUCUCACCAAUGGUACCUAGCAAACUUGCUGACCUGAAUUCUCUGAGUAUCUAUCUUCAAGGAUUGCCCUUUGGUUGGGGCUUUGAUUUUUUUCCUCUGGCUUCUCUUUCGUUGGAGACAUUCAUCUCACAUGUAUCCAAUGAACUCAUGCAGCAUGUGCUAGUUUUCAAGGGCGCUGUGUCCCCAAGGAAUAAGAGUCUUGUUGAGCUAGCCUGUCAUAUUGUCAGGGCCUGGCUGAGCUAACAUGCCCCAGUCUUGAAGUGCAACGACGUCACAGGGACAUGUUAAUGCCAAAUGCUUCAAAUAAUGAACAUGCAUAGAGCACUCUGCAGUUGAAAAAUAAAUCAAGGGCAAGUCUGCUAUCCUGAGUUUCUGGAGUCUUGCACAGUCGAUCUGAUGUUGAAUGGCCUAGCUUCAUGGUAAAUGACAUAUUAGCCUCCGAUUGGGAGCCAUGUAAACUAAUACUCUCUCCUAUCUAAAUUAAUUGACGUCGCCUUCAGUUAAUUUGGAACGGACA